AAAAAAAUCAACAUGCGGUUGAUACGCUUAGGCCUAGUUUUCUCCGUAGUCACGUUGCUAAGUAUCUUCACCGUGAGCCAUGCGGGAGUCACCGGUAAGUACACAAGAGUAGCUGAACCUUCCGAAGAGAUGCCACUCGAAACCUUUCCUCCUCCUGCCGGCUUAAACGCUCCUGAACAAGUCCAUAUAACGCAGGGAGAUCACAGUGGUCGAGGCAUGAUAAUCUCGUGGGUAACACCAACAAAUGAUGAUGGCUCUAAUGUCGUUAACUACUGGAUCGCGGAUACUGACGGGAGUACAAAGCAAAGCGCUGAAGCGUCAACGUCUUCAUAUACAUACUAUGACUACACCUCUGGUUUUCUUCACCACGCCACCAUUAAAGAGCUUGAGUACGAAACUAAGUAUUUUUACGAGCUUGGAACCGGUCGCUCUACUAGACAGUUCAACUUCAUGACUCCUCCGAAGACUGGUCCUGAUGUUCCCUACACAUUUGGUGUCAUUGGGGAUCUUGGACAGACCUAUGCCUCUAACCAGACAUUGUACCAUUACAUGUCGAACCCUAAAGGCCAAGCGGUUCUUUUUGUUGGAGACUUGUCGUACGCUGAUGACCACCCAAACCAUGACCAAAGAAAAUGGGAUUCUUAUGGCCGAUUUGUGGAACCAAGUGCCGCAUAUCAGCCUUGGAUCUGGGCUGCAGGGAACCAUGAGAUAGAUUACGCCCCUUCGAUAGGUGAGACUCAGGCCUUCAAGCCAUACAAAAACCGUUACCAUGUUCCCUACAGAGCCUCUAAGAGCACUUCUCCGCUUUGGUACUCAAUCAAACGAGCCUCAGCUUAUAUCAUUGUACUCUCCUCUUACUCAGCUUUUGACAAGUACACACCGCAAAACUCUUGGCUGGAGAGUGAGCUCAAAAAAGUAAAUAGAGAGGAGACUCCAUGGUUGAUUGUUCUUGUCCACUCGCCGUGGUACAACAGCAACGGUUAUCACUAUAUGGAAGGUGAAAGCAUGAGAGUCACGUUCGAGCCAUGGUUCGUGCAAAACAAAGUUGAUAUUGUCUUCGCUGGACAUGUUCAUGCCUACGAGCGAUCAGAACGUGUCUCCAACAUUAAGUACAAUAUCACUGAUGGUUUGAGUUCUCCCGUGAAAAAUCCAUCUGCUCCGAUUUACAUCACCAUUGGCGAUGGAGGCAACAUAGAAGGAAUCGCUAACGAUUACACGUACCCGCAACCCAGUUACUCAGCGUAUAGGGAGGCAAGUUUCGGACAUGCUCUUCUAGAGAUAAAGAACAGGACUCACGCGCUUUACACUUGGCAUAGAAAUCAAGAUGACGAGCCGGUUAUUGCCGACUCUCUAUGGGUAAAGAACAGACACUUCUUACCGGAAGAGGAGGAGACACUUUCCGACUAAUCGAGUGUCUGAUGUGAUUCGUUUUUCAGUUUUAUAUUUUUUGUACUCGUUUUAAUAAAAAGAUUAGCUAGUUAGAAUUUUAGUGUUAUUUGUUCUUUCGUAAUUUUUUAAGUUUUCUUUCAGAAUUUUAUCUUCUGGUUUGGUUGGAUUUAUUUAGCUCAUUAAAUGAUA